CAUCAUAUAUCAACCUCACCUUGUCUCCAGAUCAACAUCCUGUUUUCUCUCAUCCACAACUACAAUCAUCAAAAUCCAUUCAUUCUUUUUAAUACCUACCUACCUACCUCUUCCCAUACUUCGAUCUACAAUCAAAGUUUUUUAAAUUCUUGAUCCUUCAAUCCUAUUAAAACAGCCAAAACCUUCAAAAUGCAAUUCUUCAAACUCCUCAGUGUCGCCGUCGGUCUUUUGGCCACAGCAGAAGCUAUCUCCGUUCAAAAGCCUCGCAUUGCUGCCCGUGGUUCCCAAAAGAAAUUCAACUUGAAGCUCAAUACCGUCCAUGCUGCUGCCCCUGCUUCUAGUUCUGCUAUCCAGAACAUGAUUAUUGAGGGCAUCGUUACUAGAUCUGCUGUUGACAAGAGUAAUGGAUCCGUCGUUUAUGAUGAUUCCAUUUCCUUCACCUUCAUCGACCCCAACAGCAAUACUUCUAAAGCCUGCAACGAUGAUUUCCUAGGCUCACCCCAAACCACUCAAUUCCCUACCGGAUGGGUUCCAUGCAAACAAACAACGGCAAUUUGAUGGAUGAUUUCUACUGGCAAUUUACUGAUUAUACAUCCCUCACUCAAUUCAGUAUUGAGUUGAUUCAUGGUUUCGUUGGUGCCGACAAUGCAGGAAAAGUUCUCAGAUCCGCAGAUACCCCCAUUACCCUCACCUGCGCCGAUGUAAACCACGUCGAUGGAUGUUAUUCCAACCAAACCAUUUCAAUUCCCGUCGCCACCGCUACCGCAUAGAUGAAAUCGAAUUCGAUAAUUUGGAAUUCGAUCAACCAGAUGGGGAGGGGGGGGUUUUUUGCUUCAAUGAGUGGCUUUUGUAAUGUUUUGAGUGGCGAGAGUGAUAAAUGAUGGAAUGGUAUUCUAAGUUGUGCCCAAGAAUACGAUACCCGGGUUCUGGUUAAAAAGACAUAAAGUCGCUCAGAAAUUUCUCGUAGAAAGUCUGGGCUUGCUCACAAUUGAUGGAGAGUUGUAGAUACUUCUUCGAUUCUAAUGAUGCUUACUGCCGCUUCAAAUGGCAUGGGCUGGAUGUAAUCAAGCAAAAGUAUAGAAAUAUGAAUAAAUACAUGGUCAAAACU